UCUCCUAAAAUAACUUUUCUUGUCUUUCAUAAAUUACGAAUUUCAACGAAAAAGAGCUUAAUUAGCAUUUCUAUAAUGGCAAAUAAUGAUCUAGAAUACGGACGUAUUCCUAAUGAAGAAGAGCCAGCUUUUCAAGUCCUCCUUCGGCGUGCAGAGAAUGCAAAGAAUCGUGUUGAAAAACGUCCGUCUAUUUGUAUGGUUCCUAGUGUCCUUAGAAACCUUAGCAAAAAAUCGUUCAUACCACGAGUGGUUUCUAUAGGACCUCUGCAUAAAGAAAACGAAAAUCUACAAGAAUUUGAAUGGCUAAAAGAUUCUUAUUUGCAUGACUUGUUGUCACAUUCGAGUGACAAAACAAGUACACUAGAAAAAUGUCUAGAAAAAGUGAACAAAAAAAUGGAAGAAAUCAAGUCAUGUUAUGAUACCCGAAUGAUCAAGAAGUAUAAAGACACUGACUUAGCCAAUAUGAUGGUCUUGGAUGGUAGUUUUAUACUUGAAUUCUGCUUCAAACAGGAUAAUAAAAAACCAAGUUUUUUAAGCAAGAUACAAAUCACUUGUAUCGCCAUUGACUUAAUGUUGCUUGAAAACCAAAUUCCUUUCUCUGUUCUUCAAACCAUCUUCGACUGCACCAUUAAGAAAAGCCAUCCGAAGAUUUCUCUUACGUGUCUCCUUCGUAGGAUUCUAGGAAGCUACAUUCACCCCUUUUGUAUUCCCUUAGAAAUAAAAGUCACUCAUGAGUCUGAUUCACAACAUGUUCAUGUUCUUGAUUGUGUACACAAAAUUUACAAUCCAUCAGAUACAGUUGUAGAUAUUCAGCCAACAAAAAAGGAUGGAAAUAUUCAGACAUCGUUAAAUUACAAUCACUCUGUUUUAGAACUAGACAGGUCAGGGGUGAACUUUAAGCCGCAGAAAGAAAAGGAGAAGGCAAUGUCUAUGAGUAUUAUCAAGUCACGUUCGUGUUUAAAUUUGUCGCCGUGGAGUAAGCGUACACUUUUAAUGCCAACACUUGUUGUACACGAGUUUACUGAGGCGGUUUUGAGGAAUUUUAUUGCAUAUGAGCAAUUUUCCCCUGAAGUGAACUACUUUUUUACAUCGUAUGCAUCUGCGAUGGACAUGCUUAUUGAUAGCGAAAAGGAUGUUCGUAAAUUGGUUGAGUCAAAAGUCAUUGUCAACAAUCUUGGUUCGAAUAAAGAAGUGGCGAGAGUGAUCAACGGCAUAUGUGUGAACAUAGAAAUCGAGCGUUUUUGUUACUCUGAAGCGAUACAAGAAUUGGAUAGGUAUUAUAAUUCAUACUGGCCGAAACAUUUUGCGUAUUUGAAACGUACGUAUUUCCAAAAUCCAUGGAGUGUGAUUGCUCUAUUGCUAUAUUUCAUACUCUUUGGUCUUGCCGUUCUUCAGGCCAUCUUGAGAAUCAGGGGUUCAUGAUCCAUAAUAAUUGGUUAGUAUAAUUUGAUCAGUAACCAACGGCUGGAUUUUCAUUAUUUGCUUUUUCUUCUAUUGUCGUCACCAAGUCUUCGAGUCAACCACAUGUGUUGUGCAAUGUAAUAUAAAUAUAUAAUAUACUUCUAAUAUGAUGUUUUGUAUGCUUCUGAUUUGUUUAAUAGACAAAUUAUUUAAUAUCGUCAAA